ACUCGAAGGUCUCAAAAAACAAGCAUAAGCAUAACAUAAAACAUAACCUACAAAAAAAGUUGAUAGGCCUAUAAACUUAUCCUUGAAAAUCAUGAUUAGCCUAUAUAAACAACUUUCAAAACUUGCCAACAUAUUAUUUGUUUAGUCAUUUUGACCGAUAAUAAUUGUUUAAAGUGUAUUAAAAAGCCAUUUCUAUUAGAUUCAUAAAUUAAUAAUAAUAUACUAGUUAUUGAGAACCUUUGUUAAAGUGUGAACAGGUUAUAUAACAAGUCAUCACAACUAUCGCUUUUAUCCUGAAAAAGUUUACAAUAAACUUAUUAUGUAAUAGCCUAGCCCUUUGGUUCUGCCUCAUUGUAGCUGUACAAGUUACAGAGUAAAGUAGUCGAUUAUUCAACUGUGAAUAUUUCAAGGAUCUCAGAAUGUCACCAACAGCAUCUCAACCAAUUGCUUAUUUGACUCGAAUUGAAAAAUUCAGUGCAUGUCAUCGGUUGCACAGUCCACUUUUGAAUGAGGAGGAGAACUUGGAAGUUUAUGGAAAAUGCAACAAUUUACAUGGCCAUGGUCAUAACUACACAGUUGAAAUAACUCUGAGAGGGCCGGUGACGAAAGACACUGGUAUGGUGAUGAACAUCAACGACUUGAAAACCUACAUGGAUGCUGCUAUUCACAAACCAAUGGAUCACAAGAACCUGGACAAGGACGUCCCCUAUUUUAAGAAUAUAGUGAGCACUACAGAAAAUGUGGCUAUAUUUAUUUGGAAUAAUUUGAAAAGAGAAAUGCCGGAUCCAUCCAUUUUGUAUGAGGUAAAAAUAUUCGAGACUGAUAAGAAUGUUGUGCUCUAUCGUGGAGAAUAAUGUCUUAUUCAGAUUUCGCUUACCAUUUCAAUGAUUACGUACAUUCCAAAUGUUUGACACUUCCUUUAAAAUUAUCGGUAAAAGAAUAUCCAAUAAUAUGACAAGUGACUCAAAUUGUCCUGUUGGUAUUUGUUUUUUCCAAAAUUAAUUAACGUAGGUAAUGUAACCUUGGUGAGCAUUUAUUUUUCUAUAUUUCUCUAUCCAAAAUUUAUAGCUUCAGUUUUUUUUGUAAUAGAUCUAUAAUUAGUUGUUACCCAUCAAAUAAUGAAAAUAUUCUUACAAUAGUUAUGGAGGAAAAGCAUUUAUUUUUCUAUAUUUCACUAUCCAAAAUUUAUAGCUUCAGUUAUUUUUGUAAUAGAUCUAUAAAUAGUUGUUACCCAUCAAAUAAUGAAAAUAUUCUUACAAUAGUUAUAGAUCCUUAUUUUAUCUACUGUAUUUGAUAUUGAAAUAUUAUUUUAUACUUUCUUUAAAUUCCAACGAAUCUCAAACUUGAAUAUAUUAUAGUUCAAACUAUAUAGUAUUAAUGAAACAAGUUUUAUAAUUUUGCAAAAAAUAUACCGGUAUCUAAAUUUACUGUAUUUUUGUUAUUGAAUAAAAUUAUUUUAUAAUUAAUGACUUUUCAAAUAUUAUUGAUACAAAGUAUUUUGAACAUCCAUUAAUGACUUUUCAAAUAUUAUUGAUACAAAGUAUUUUGAACAUCCAAUCAUUUCAAUUAUAUUUGUAUAGUAUUCUUGAAUCCAUUUCAGUACUAAAGUAUUUCAACAGGGUGUCCACAGAAUCAGGUUCAGAAAAUUCCCCUACAUUUCACGUUUUCCCCACCAGUUAAAUCAAAUGAUUAAUAUGUAAAAAUAUAGGUUGUGGGGGGACAAACGCCUAGUAUUUUCUGUUCAUUUUCCAGUUUUCAGCUAUUUCUGCCAAAUACAGCCAUCGGGCAGAAACAUUCGCUCUCGUCUUUUUUACAUUUUAAAAUUCUGAAUAAAUUGAAAUAAUUCCGAGCUCACUAUCUUUAAUGAGUUACAAUUUUUCAAAAUGAAUAAAAUUCAAGAGAAAAAUCAAUUUUCAUGAAUUUCAGUUUUUAUUCAACAAUAUCUUCUAAUUGUCACAAUUCAAAUGUACAAUUCAAAAUCCCUCUGAGCGUAAUUUUGUGCUAUACACCUGAGACCAGAUAGAGCGCUCUAUCUCUUAUAGAUUUCCAGGUAAACCUGCUAACUAUGCUCCUUGCAUUUUGAAAAACACCUAACUUUCAACUUCAAUAUCGUUACCAACUUCAUUGUUCUCCCAUUGAGAAUUCGCAUAAUGAUAAAAGUUCAUAAAAUCAUGUUCUAAGAGGAUCACCCGUUAGAUGCACUUAAUUUAGUGGAGAGACGCGCGCGCAUAAGGACACCUCAAAGAUCAGCAUUUCAAACAGUCAUAACUUUUGAUACAAUUAUCGGAUCUCCUUAUGUACAAUAGCUCAUUCUGCUCGUCAAGGCGGUUCAAAAUUAUGAGUCAAAUUUCAAAAAAA